CAGCGGCCCAGUGGAGGGGUCCGCGGUGGCGGUGGCGGUGGUAGUGGCGGCGGCGGCGGCGGCGGCGGCGGCGGCGGCGGCGGCGGCGGCGGCGGUGGUGGUGGCCGUGGCGGCGCUGUUCCCAGCGCAGUCCUCGGAGCGGGGUCCGGGCUGUGCGAGGGUCGCCUCCCAAGCCGCCCCCCGGGCCCCGCGUCCCCUCCCCCGCUGGCGGGGCCCGGACUGAAGAUGGUGCAGAAGAGAACAGCCGAACUUCAGGGCUUCCACCGUUCGUUCAAGGGGCAGAAUCCUUUCGAGCUGGCCUUCUCCUUAGACCCUGCCCAGCACGGGGACUCUGACUUCAGUCCACAGUGUGAACCCCGACCUGACAUGCCUUCCAGCCAGCCCAUUGACAUCCCAGAUGCCAAGAAGAGAGGCCGGAAAAAGAAGCGCUGUCGUGCUACUGACAGCUUCUCAGGCAGGUUUGAAGAUGUCUACCAGCUGCAGGAGGAUGUGCUGGGGGAAGGUGCCCAUGCCCGUGUGCAAACCUGUGUCAAUCUCAUCACCAACCAGGAAUAUGCUGUCAAGAUCAUUGAGAAGCAGCUGGGCCACAUCCGCAGCAGGGUGUUCCGGGAGGUGGAGAUGCUGUACCAGUGCCAGGGACAUAGGAAUGUUCUAGAGCUGAUUGAAUUCUUUGAGGAGGAGGACCGUUUCUACCUGGUGUUUGAGAAGAUGCGUGGUGGAUCCAUCCUGAGCCACAUUCACAGAAGGCGUCACUUUAACGAGCUGGAGGCCAGUGUGGUGGUACAAGACGUGGCCAGUGCCCUGGACUUCCUGCAUAACAAAGGCAUCGCCCACAGGGACCUAAAGCCAGAGAACAUUCUGUGUGAGCACCCCAACCAGGUCUCGCCAGUGAAGAUCUGCGACUUCGACCUUGGCAGUGGCAUCAAACUCAAUGGAGACUGCUCCCCCAUCUCCACGCCAGAGCUGCUCACCCCGUGUGGGUCAGCUGAGUACAUGGCCCCCGAGGUGGUAGAGGCCUUCAGUGAGGAGGCCAGCAUCUACGACAAGCGCUGUGACCUGUGGAGCCUGGGCGUCAUCCUGUACAUCCUGCUCAGUGGCUACCCGCCCUUCGUGGGCCACUGUGGCAGUGACUGUGGCUGGGACCGUGGGGAGGCCUGCCCUGCCUGCCAGAACAUGCUGUUUGAGAGCAUCCAGGAGGGGAAGUACGAGUUCCCCGACAAGGACUGGUCCCACAUCUCCUUCGCUGCCAAAGAUCUCAUCUCCAAGCUGCUGGUCCGAGAUGCCAAGCAGAGGCUGAGCGCUGCCCAAGUCCUGCAGCACCCCUGGGUGCAGGGGUGUGCCCCAGAGAACACUCUACCAACACCCUUGGUUCUGCAGAGGAACAGCUGUGCCAAAGACCUCACGUCCUUUGCAGCAGAGGCCAUCGCCAUGAACCGGCAGCUGGCCCAGUGUGAGGAGGACGCUGGGCAGGACCAGCCUGUGGUCAUCCGAGCUACCUCACGCUGCCUGCAGCUGUCCCCGCCCUCCCAGUCCAAGCUGGCCCAGCGGCGCCAGAGGGCUAGCCUGUCGGCCACCCCUGUGGUCCUCGUGGGGGAUCGCGCAUGACUCCCACUAGCCCCUUGUACAUAUGCCCCUGCCCUGCAGGGCCUGAAGGCUAGGGACCUGGACACCCCACCCCUUGCCAUCCCAGGUGCCAGCUCAGCUGGGUCCUCUGGGGGUGUAGGGAUCAGUUGGGGGUUGUCUUAUUUUCUCCCUGUCCUGCCCCUGCCCACUUGGCUUUGUUUUGUUUGUUUUUCUUUUGCCGCUAUUGAAAGCAAGUGCCCCGGGAGGAGGGCGGAGGGUUCAGGCCACUCAGCCUGUACCCCACGAUGCUCGCCUGUCAACUGUGAAGGUCCUGCCACCUGCGCCCCCACCUCCACUCCAGCCACUCUGCUGUCUUCCAGGGCUGGGGAUCCCGCAGGGUCAGCACCCCACACCUCUACCCAGCCCUCAGUAUUGUCAGGGACAGGCCCUCCUGGUGAGCGAUCACAGGGGUGUUUUGCCUCUCCUCACCAGAGCACCCUGGGGUUGGGACAGGGCUCCCUGUCUUGGAUAGAGACCUCUGGGGGGCAGGUGGAUGGGGACAGUGCACUUGAUUGACCCCUAGUCCCCAUCACCCACCUGCAGUGUCCCUUGGAGGGUUGACAAUCAGAAACCCCUCCCAGGCUGCUUAGCUCCUUGCCCUGGGACAGGCCUACUGCUCCCAACCCCACUUCCCAGGGGCAGAGCUGGAGGGGGCCCCUGAACCCAGCUAGGUCCACCAAGGCAGGAGAGGUGCUGGACUAUGCUCACAUCAACAAACUUGGGGUCCCCACAUGUCCCCCCACCCAGGGCACCUGAGUGCCCCUUCUCAGGGCUCAGCCUGACCACGGCCACGUCCUGCCCCUGGGACUGGAGUUCUUAAGCUCAGUUCCUAGCUUCUUCAGUUACCCAGAGCUGAGGCCAUACCCAGGGGUUUCUCACCUUCCCUCUGCCCGAAAAGGGCAACGGCUCAGGUGUGCCUGCUUUCAGGACAGGGUUGAAGCUGCCUUGGUCUCCCUCUGGACAUCCAAGGGAGGCUGGGAAGGGAUUCGGUGGCCUUGCAGUGUCCAUACCUAACUGCCUGAGGCCUGUAGACUGUUCCUAGCCGAACUACUAUGCAAUACGAGUUCCCAUUUUCUCCAUGGCCCUGCUGGUCGGGGGCGGCUGCCAGGGGCCAGGCCACCCUGCCCUGCAACUGCUCAGGUGUCUACAGGGCAGCCCCUGGCCUCAGAAAUCCUUGGUCAGGAUUGUUUGUCGAGUUUAGUUUAGGCUUCUUUUUUUUUUUUUUUUUUUUUUUUUUUUUUUUUUAAAGAAUUUGAUUUCCUUCCCUGUUCUUGAAGAGUACUUGAAUGUCGGGGUCUGGAGGGUGGAGACCUGGGACACCCACUGCCCAGCAUCCUCCACCUUCCUCCCUAGUCUCAUAGGAUCGUCACAGUGGAGGUGACAUGCCUUCCUUCUCCAGUCCUGCCCCACCUGCCUCUGUGGACACAUUUCCAAAGAACCCCUGGGGGGUUGGGGGCUCCUAGGCAUCUUGAGUUCUUCCCCCAUCAGUAUGACUCAGCUGUUGGGUACCUGAGGACUCAGCCCCCCUGCAGGUUCCUGAAGCAACCUGACUGGACAGUGAGCAGCAUUGACACCCUCACCCCCAAACAGGGCUGUGAUUUCCUCAAGCCCUCCAAGCCCGACCUGGAGGAUGGGUCAGACCCCUUAACUGUGAAUGAGACAUGAUCCUGGGGUGGCUUGGCCACAAACCAUGCAAAAAUCUAAAAAGCCUGUUGUAGAGUGGGGGACAUGCAAGCACUUUUAACUCCAUCAUACCAGGUGAACUGACCUCUCCGGACUCCUUUCCCACCAACUGUCAACGCCAGGAUUUUGUAUUCUGUUUUGUAAGGAUUUAAUAAAAGUCAUUUAAAAAUCUC